AAUGACAGCGACGCGGACAAACGGUAACAUGGCGUCCAGUGUUAUCGUUAGAAAAUUAAUUAAUGCUUGUGAAACGAGAACCUGAGAGAAGUAUUAAGUUAAACGAUACGUAGAAUUUAUAUUUAUAGUAAUUAACAUACACGCGCACUUGUAAUGCAGUCUUAUGAGGAAGUAUUACUGAUAUCAUAACCAUGAAUAUGUUUUUAUAUACGUACAUUUUUUUUUACGCGCACAUCUUACGUGGCAGUGUUUAUCACUAAAAGAUAUCGAAUUGUGUUAGCUUGUCUCUUGUGAACAAGACAGCUUUGCACGAUUCAUAGGAAUGCAUGAAAAGAGAAAAAAAUUACAAACCAUGCGUGCUGUAAUACUUGUGGGUGGCUAUGGAACCAGAUUACGACCCCUUACUUUAAGCCGGCCUAAACCGCUUGUUGAAUUUGCAAAUAAACCAAUACUUCUACAUCAGAUUGAGGCACUGGUACAAACAAAUGUAACGGAAGUAAUAUUAGCUGUCUCGUAUCGAGCGCAGCAGAUGGAGGAGGAGUUGGUUCACGAAGCGAAAAAAUUAGGAAUACGACUCAUUUUCUCUCACGAACCGGAGCCAUUGGGUACUGCUGGACCACUUGCACUUGCCCGCGAAUACUUAUGUGACAGUGAUGAUCCUUUUUUUGUUUUGAACUCCGAUAUCAUUUGCGAUUUUCCCUUUAAACAGUUGCUUGAAUUCCACGAGAAUCAUGGUAAAGAAGGAACCAUAGUUGUCACUAAAGUGGAGGAACCAUCGAAGUAUGGUGUGGUUGUGUACAAGGAAGAUGGAAAAAUUGAGAGCUUUAUUGAAAAACCACAAGAAUUUAUAUCGAAUAAAAUUAACGCAGGUAUGUACAUUCUUAAUCCGAGCGUAUUGAACAGAAUAGAAUUGAAGCCUACGAGCAUCGAGAAGGAAGUCUUUCCAAAUAUGGCUCAGGAUGGAGAAUUAUAUGCUAUGGAAUUGCCAGGCUUCUGGAUGGAUGUGGGGCAACCUAAAGACUUCCUCACAGGUAUGUCUAUGUAUCUUGCUUCACUAAGGCAAAGGCAUCCUGAGCAACUUCAUUCUGGGCCUGGUAUAGUAGGCAAUGUCUUGAUAGAUCCAACGGCUACAAUUGGUAAAGAUUGCCGAAUUGGACCCAACGUCACAAUCGGGCCCGGUGUCACUUUAUCCGAUGGAUGUUGUAUUAAACGGAGUACUAUUCUUAAAGCAGCUGUGGUCAAAGAGCAUGCAUGGCUCGACGGGUGUAUCGUUGGGUGGAGAAGCGUCGUAGGACGAUGGGUGCGAAUGGAAAAUACAACUGUAUUAGGAGAAGAUGUUAUCGUGAAGGAUGAAAUAUAUAUCAAUGGCGGACAAGUUUUGCCGCAUAAAAGUAUUUCCACUUCUGUACCGGAACCGCAGAUCAUCAUGUGACCAAAGACUAUAUUAUCUAAACUCGAGUCAGUAAAGGCAAUAAUAAUUAAUCGAAACACGAAUUAUGAUCCGGAAAGUUUUUCAACAGUUUUUAAAACAUUAA